UAUCCCGCGAGUUAACACAAGUAAAAUAAAGAAUGAAAAACCGUAACCGCCUAUAAAUGAACAUGAGCUGAAGAUUGAGUGAACGCGUCCCUCUGGCAAAUUCCCAUGUAACUCACGCCGAUGACCUCACCCUAUUGGCCAAGAACGAGAAAAAGCCAUAGUGGAACGUUGGGUGUAAAGGGGAAUGGAACAGGCUGCAUAAUUGUUCCACAAUUUUCACCGAGGAAAGGAUAGACAGAGAGAAAACGGGAAAAAUUUGUCGUGUACAUGUAACUUGGGCUUUUGGCACAAGAAAGUUUAUACACUUCCCGUUCGCCACAUGUUGAUUAAUCGUGCAUUACUCGAUAAACGACGAUUGGAAUACAAUAGUUCUGGGUGUUGUACGGACAACAUUGACGCGUGUCACACGCGAUUAAAUUAAAACGAGUUAUUGUUGAUCCAAAGGAUUAAUAAUAUUUUAGAAUUAAGCUGAACCGUUGAGACGGCACUCGUCAACGACAACGUCGAGCACCAAUAAAAGGGCUAUAAACGUUGGAACACACGCAUAUAUUGAAGGAAAUUACUGUUCUCGUCAACAAGUGCAGAGAAUCAUUGUUGUUUUUUUUUGUUGUGAUCAACUGGAAAGACAAUUUUUAAUACACGGGUGUACGGUAACAUUAUCAAAAUUCCGGUCCCCACUAAGAAACGAGAAGGCGCUCAGCGUACUGGCGAUAAGUAUUCGCGAUACAGUAGCGAAGAUACUUCGUCUGGUAGCAGAAUGAAUAACAAGAGGAAGAAUCGUGCCAAUCCAACAAGGUCCCCGCGGGCCCGGGGUCCCCAGGAGAGGACUCCAGUGGCAGCAGAGGGUGUCUACAACAAUGCACAUUUCAUGCACGCUGUGACGAGUCACGUUGGCAAUACAGUUCAGAUUCAAACCCAGAAUGGAUCCCUCUAUGAGGGCAUAUUCCGUACAUUCUCAAGUCAAUUUGAGGUAGUCCUCGAGAUGGCACAUCGUGUGGAUAGUACAGGAAAAAUAAGUGUUGACACUGUUGUCGAGAAACUGAUAUUUAAACCACAAGAUAUUAUAACAAUGUCAGCUAAAGACGUUGAUCUUGAUUAUGCUAUAAGAGACACGUUCCAGACUGACACAGCAAUUAGUAAAUUUAAUGGACUGGUAGGUGAGAAGGAAUUGGAGCCAUGGGAUGCACCCAUGUCAAUGAAUGGUGAUGAAUACGAUCUAGACAGUACAGCCAAUGGUUGGGAUGCUCACGAGAUGUUCAGGAAGAAUGAGCAGAUAUACGGUGUACAAUCGACAUUCGAGCCGUCCCUGUCUGGUUAUACGCUGCAACUUCAGCGCAAAGAGACCAAGGAAUUCAAGGAGCAGGAGCAGAAGGCUGCAGAAAUAGCUAAUGAAAUUGAGGCACAGCCGAAUCACAAGGCACGUCUGGACUUGGAGAACGGUGAUGAAGAGGAGCGUUUUGCCUCUGUAACAAGGCCUGCCAAUGACGGCAAAUACGUGCCACCACAGAAACGUAAUAGUGUGAACAGUGGAAAAUAUCAGAAGGCAAACCCACCAACUCCAUCACCCAGUCCAGGAGCUGGUAAAUUUAAUCAGCCGUCCCCAUCGUCAACCAUUAAUUCAUCGCAGACGAGUAGUUUACCUGUUGUUGGCACUGGUCAUCCACCAGUUCAGCAGCAGCAGCAGCAGCAGCAACAACAAGGGCAGCAUCCAGGCUCUCACAACAUGGGAAUGCCACCGAGUGGUGUUGUAGUCCAGUACAACACACCUCCACCGUUUGUACCACCACCCACAACUCAGCCACCACCAUCGAUACCGGUGAUUUCUCCUCAGCAAGCACACAUUGGCUUUUCACCACAACAGCAGCAGCCCCAGUCUUCACAACCAUCCCAGUCGCAGCAGCCACCUCCAAACAAGCUCAAUGUUGAUAAACGUGAGCGUCCUGGACGACAGCAGCUCUAUCAGGUCGAUAAGGCACCACCUGCCCCAUUCCCACCGUCUAACACUGUUCCCAGCCCACAUCAGCAGGGCCCAUCCCCUCAUCCACCUCAUGCUUCGCAUCCCCCUCAUGGUCCUCACAUGCCUCAUACCCCCCUUCAGCAGCAAAACUCGUUGGAGAAUCAGAGGGGCGAACUACUGACUCCGAAGCCUGAUCACAGAAAAAUUUCAACACCGAGGGGACGCGAUGAACCCCAUGAGCUACGACAAUUCUCAUCGGACUUCAAACUCGCUGAUUCCAACUCCCAGGACACCCCAAUCAUGUCUAGAAAGCAACAAAUUCAUCAUCAGGAGGCCCACACACCCCAGACAAUUCCACAGAGUCAUCAUCAGCCUGUACACAAGCAGACUCCAGUUACACCAGUUCAAUCUGCUCAUCAAGCUGUUCAUCAGACACCUCAGCUGCCGGAGGAGCCUGUUGUCACGAGUAAACCACCACCUGGUCCAGUCUCGGUGAGGCCUACAACUCCACCUCAACCUGUACAGACGACCCCACCGAUGCAGCAGAAUAUCGCUGAGCCUGCUGUUGAAAAAAUCACCACUGCCUUCAAGAAAUCAACUCUCAAUCCCAAUGCUAAGGAAUUCAAUCCAAAUGCCAAACCCUUUACUCCUCGAUCACCGAGCACCCCAACACCAAGCAGACCACAUACACCACAAACGCCUCAGUACUCUGGUGCUACGAUGCCAGCAGGGGCUGUUGUUGUGGGACCAACUUAUGUUGUGACGAGUCAACCACCAACGGCAUUCACACAGCAGCAGGCCCAACCUGGCACGAGGUUCCGGAAGGGUCAGUAUCUAGUGCCGAUGAUGCAACACCGAGCUCCAGACAUAGCAUCCCAGAUGCAGGUGGCAGCAGCAACUGGUCAGCCACUUCUGGCACCGGGCCCUCUGCACCCAUCGUUCCAGGUGCCUUACCCAGGUCAACCCGCGUAUCAACAGAUGGUGCGAAUGGUCCCACCACCACCCCACAUGGCAACACCACACCCCCACUAUCACGAGUCACCUGGACCCCAAAACCCCGGAAUACAGUACAUUGGUCCUCAUGGACAUCCCCAUCCCCACGUUGGACAGCAACAACCAAGUCAGACUCAGUCACCAGCGAAUCCAAAUCCACCACAUACGCCUGGUGCAUAUAAUCCACCUGGUACUCCACAGCCAUCAUAUCCACAACCGCCGCCCCAAGGACAUGCACCAAGUUAUCCAAUAAUGUGUCCACUUAUUCCACCCCAUCAUCUAGGAAUUCCACCGCAGCACAUGCAGUAUCUGCAGCCCCAACCACCACCUGGUGCUCAACAGACUAUACCAGUCAUUCUACCCCACAAUCAGUAGCCGAGACGGAAAUCGAGAAGAUAGAGUCGUUGGUAUUUUUCUUCACUUGAUAAAACAAAGGAAACAAAUUAUUAAUGACUAAAACUCAUCAUGUAAAAACAUUUGUUCAUCAAGAACGAGAUGAGGAUUAAGGAUGGAGCUAAUUAACUUGAUCAAUCAUUCUGUUAUUUUUUCUUUUUUCAGCAGUUCUUAUUCUUAAAUAUGAUAAGUGAAAAUGCAAUCAUGUUCACGACACUCGGUAAAUAAUUUGCUUUUCUUGGAAAAAUGGAAUAACUUCAUUCCUCUCCUAACAAUCGCCAUAAUUAUGCUCAAUUACUGUACCUUUAUAUUUGUUUCCAAUGGGUACUGAGCCUUGUGGCGGUGUAUUCCAUUCUUAUUCACUCAUCUUGGAUAGAUCGGAGAUUCGGUGAUGAACAAUCAAGACGAGAAAUUGUUGGAUCAUCAUGUUGCGUACGGUGACUCCUGACAAUUACGAAUCUAUUCUCUCGAUAGGAUAAUAUAAAGAAAAAUAUCGUGAAAACCCAAUGGAACUCACAAGCAGUCAUCAAUGAUUGCUUGACUAGCCAUCCGUACGAUUUGGGUUUUUUAAAUAGACUUUGCAAGAUAAGGUAGAAACAACAAUUAUUUACCAUAGUUAAUCCAUUAAUGAGAACCAAGGGAUAAUUUUUAUCAUCAAUCGACAGUUAUUUUGAAUUAAAAUUUAUUUGAAAUGUGAGUCACUUGAAUUCUACAUGGCUCUAAUAACUAAAAAUUUAUUUUACUGAAGAUCGUCUCAGUUUCAACAAAAAAUUCUAUAUAAAAAAAAUAUCAGAAUAAAUGAAGAAAAUAUAUGAAAUUGAUGACUACGAUCUGUUCACAGUAACCAUUAUCAAUCUUAAUCGAUUUAUGAUGCAGCUGUAAGCUCAAGUAGAUUCACCCGGAUUAUCAUGUAGACCCGCUGCGCUCUGUAGUUUGAAAACAUUUUACAAAAAUUAAUCGUAAAAGAAGGCACCCAAAGGUAAACGAGGAAAAAAAACGCUACGACUUUUGUAAUAAAUCGAACCAUCCAAAUGUUCGAAUUUUAUAUCUUGAAUCGGCGUCAAUGUAGUGUAACAAAUAAUAUUAAAACACGAAUACGAAUAUCGAAAUUGUUGGAAUGUUCUACGAUGUUGGAGGAGAGAAAAGAGGUGCUUAGUAUAUUUUUUUCUCGCACCGGAGAAUGUCUAAUUUGGGGGGACGCCUGGAACAUUCAAAUUGUCGAAUAAAAAUUCGAUGAGAUUGCAGGCAAUGAACUGCACUGACAUGCGAAGCAGGCGCUCCGUUAAUCUCUUGAUGUUGAGAUUCUUUUUAUUUCUCUUGUAAUUGAAAACAAUGACACGAAAACACUCAGGUAGUGACUAUCGAUUUCAUUACAUUUAUUUGCGAUAGAUUUCCCGUGAAUUGAAUGAACGUGACUUUGGGCAUUCAUCAUAUGAGGGAAAUUAUCAGUUAUUUGCCUGUCAAGGUGUUAAUGAAGUUAUUAAGAUCCUGAAGAGAGUAAUAUAAAAUGAAAUUGAAUUAACAAAAAAAUGGAGUUCUUGGGGAGACGUGUUCAUACAUUUUGGAGGUGAUUUAAAUCAAGUAUUGUGAACCAUAAAAGUCUGAUGGAAAUCGCAAUGAGUUAAAGUAGGGCAACUUAUUUGAAAAUGAACAUUAGGCGUGAGGGUAAAAACAAAAUUAGGAAUCGAAGUGAAUAUGGGAAUGACAAUUAAAAAAAAAGAAAAAUAAAACUGCCUGUGAAUGACAGCUGAGAAUUGAGAUAGCGUGAGAAAUUGAUGUGUAUGGGGGAAAUUGUCACGUUGUAAUGAGAGAGAGAGAGAGAGAGGAAGAAAUGUGCGAGGAUGACAGAUGUAGAGAGAGGGAGAGAGUGAGCGAAAGGAAUAUUGCAAGAAUGACAGUUGUGAGAGCUUUUAAAAAAUGCUGGGAAAGUGCUAAAUGGAAUUUCUUCUUCACGAGUUCGAGACGUGGCAUUGUUGGACACAAAUUUUAUAUCUGAAAGAUUAACGAAAUACGAAUGGAACAUCAAAAUAAAGGGAAUGAGAAGAAUACUUGGAA